AUGGCUCCUCAGAUAGUGACAAUCUGGAUCAAUGAUGAUAUGCGUCCUGGUGCAAUUCAGAAAUGUGAUAUUCUAUUAUAUACACGAAUGAAUCAGCUGAUUCAUAUCUCUGAGUUCAGUGGAAAUGUUCCUCUACCUAAGACAAUUAACAUUAACAAAUAUCCUAAUAGUGGAGAUAGUGAUGAUCUAAUAUAUGAAAAUAGCAAUACCAGUACAACAUGA